CGGCGUUGCACGCAGCCGCACUGCAUGCUUAUCAAUUUACAGAAAUUACAAUGGGUUGUUAUGGUCUGUACGGCGUUUGAGCUGCAAGUACCGUAGUACAACUGCCAUACUACUAUAAAGUGGUAUAGACUAUAGAAUACGACACAGUCAGAGCCUCCAUGGUGUGUUUCUAGCUCAACUGCUCCAAGACAAGAAACAUCAUGGAAGUGUUGUUGGACUUUGAAGAGUGUCUGCAAGACUCCCCUGUGUUCAGGUUGGCUGUGGAUCAGUUUGAAUCGGAUGCUGCUGUUCUGGAGCUGCAAAUAAAUAAGGUACAGAAGUGCUGCUCUAAUAUGGUGGAGGCGGGACAAGUGUACAGCACAGCCAACCAGCUGUUUGUUUCCAGUCUGGCAGAGCUUUCAGGGCUCCACAAGAAGGAAGAUUCAAUAGCGAAUUGUCUGAGGCAAUUUGACCAGGGCCUGAAUGAGAUGGUAAACUUCCACACAAUUCUGUUGGAUCAGACCCAGAGAGCCAUCAACCACCAGCUUACCAGCCUCUUAAACGAGUUUUUCCCGGCCCUGGGUGAGAUCCGGAGGGAGUUUGUGCGGAUCGGAGACGACCUUGAGACGGCGGCUCUGAAAAAUGCCCAGGUGUCUCGCCACAAGGAGUCAGACACAGAGCGCGCUAGCCACCUGCUGAUAGCCACUCGCAAAUGCUACCAGCACUUUGCUCUGGACUACUGCCUGCAGCUCAACAAUUUCAAGAUUCAGCAGAAGGUGGACAUCCUCAAUUCUGUGUUCUCCUACUUCCAUGCCCAGUACACCUUCUUCCACCAGGGCUUCGACCUCCUCAAAGACCUUGAGCCGACAAUGAAAACCAUGGCAACGCAGCUGGCCCAGCUCUCUGCCGACUGCACGAUCAAACGGAAAGAUCUGGAAAAACAUCACCUUCUAGUGCAGCAGAGAAUGGCGGGACCCAUCGGUUCUGAGCGCCUUACGGACCACUGGAAUCUUCUGGUGAAGGAAGAGAUUGUGACUGAUGAGGACAAACACAUGGACAUUAAAAUGGAGGACCUUUCUCUCCAUGCAAAUUCUCAAUGUGAUGAACAGGACCAGUUUGAGCAGAAUGAGGCUCCUCCACAGGCGGAAGACUUGAUUUCUGAAAAUCACAACGAACAGUUGAAUAUUGCACCAGAUGAGGAGGUUGAAGACAUGGAUUAUGGCUGUUUACAAGAACAGACCAAGGAAUACUCUGGAGACGACUGUGUUCCAGAACAGACCAAGGAAGACUCUGCAGACGACUGUGUUCUAGAGCUGCCAGAGAAAGAGAUGAGGGAUGACUGUGUUCUAGAGCUGCCAGAGAAAGAGAUGGGGGAUGACUGUGUUCUAGAGCUGCCAGAGAAAGAGUUGGGGGAUGACUGUGUUCUAGAGCUGCCAGAGAAAAAGAUGGGGGAUGACUGUGUUCUAGAGCUGCCAGAUAAAAAGAUGGGGGAUGACUGUGUUCUAGAGCUGCCAGAGAAAGAGAUGGGGGAUGACUGUGUUCUAGAGCUGCCAGAGAAAGAGUUGGGAGAUGACUGUGUUCUAGAGCUGUCAGAGAAAGACUUGGGGGAUGACUGUUUUCUAGAGCUGUUGGAGAAAGAGUUGGGGGAUGACUGUUUUCCAGAGCAGACAGAGAAAGAGUUGGGAGAUGACUGUUUUCUAGAGCUGUUGGAGAAAGAGUUGGGGGAUGACUGUUUUCCAGAGCAGACAGAGAAAAACUCUGGAGAUGACUGUUUUCCAGAGCAGUCAGAGAAAGACGUUGGAGAUGUCCGUGUUCCAGAGCAGACAAAGGAAGACUCAGGAGAGGACUUUUUUCUAAAGCAGGCCGAGGAAAACUCUGGAGAUGACUGUGAUCCAGAGCAGACAGAGGAAGUCUCAGGAGAUGACUCUGUCCUAAAGCAGACAGAGAAAAACUCUGGAGUUGACUGUUUUCCAGCGCAGUCAGAGAAGGACUUGGGAGAUGUCUGUGUUCCAGAGCAGACGGAGGAAGAUUCAGGAGAUGAAUAUGUUCCAUGGCAGACAGAUGAAGACUCAGGAGAGGAUAGUGAUCCAGAGCAGUCAGAGGAAGACUCAGGAGACGAUUGUAUUCCAAAGCAGACUGAGGAAGACUGUGUUUCAGAGCAGACGGACAAGCACUCGAAAAGUGUUCCAGAGGCUACAAUGGGAAAUGGGGGAUGGAAAGACCGCAGGAGAUCUACCAGAGCAUCAAAACAAAAGGCACUUGAUGAACUGGGCAGGUCAACUGUGGCCAUGGAUACCAAAAAGAACCCCAAGAAACCAGGGGCCGGUGGAGAAGGUCCAAACACAAACCAGACCGACAUCGAAAGUGAGAAUGAGAAUGUGGUCAUCAACUCCUCGGUGAAGGUUAAUGGAAGACGCAAGUCAAAGCUUCAAUACUGCUUGUUCUGCAUGAAGCCAGUUGCAAAGAUCUCCAGACACCUGAAGCAUACACACAAGUAUUUACCAGAGGUGGUUGAAGCAUUUGGAUUCCCCAAGUGCUCCAAGGAGAGAAGGAAACGUCUUAAUUUUCUUCGCAUCCAAGGGAACUUCAAGCACAACACAGCAGUUCUGAAGUCAGGGAAGGGAGAACUAGUUCCUUCCAGGCGACCCAAUGGGCCGUCGAAACCGGAGGACUUCAAGCACUGUGGGUACUGCAAGGUGUUAUUUCAAAAGAACCGCCUCUGGCACCAUUCAAAGUCCUGUACAUUAAAGCCCACUUCCAUCACUACUAGCCCUAGAAACAUUGAAUCAAUUGGUUGUGUCACACCACACAUCACCAGGAAGGUCUGGAGAAUGGUCAACGCAAUGCCUGUCGAUGACAUCACAGCAGCGAUUCGGAAAGACAGAGUCAUCAUUCAGGUGGGUGAACAGUUGCUGGUGAAAUGCAGGAACUACCUGAAAGGGAGGAAGGUGGCCAUCGAGAAGAUGCGAGAACUGGGCGGGCUGCUGACUACUGCAAAGAAAGUCUCGUCAUUCAGGAAUAUGGAGGAUUUCAUUAACGCACAGAAAUACAUGGAGUUGGUUGAUUGUGUAAAGGCAACAUGUGAGUACAACAGUGUCACAGGUUCCUAUGGUAAGCGGGCUCUAAUUAAUAAGCUGGAAAAGGACUUGAUGAUGGUCAGCAGAAUGUUAAAGUCUAAAGCCCUCGCUGCCAAUGACAUGGACUCGGUAGACAAGGCCAGGAGCUUCCAAGAUGUCCACAAGGAGAGGUGGAGGGAUUUGGUCUUCUCUGCAGCCACCCCCCAAACUGUUGGAAAGUUCACUGAAGAUGUCCAAAGACUGCAUCUAUUUCUGGGAGAAAAACACGAUGAAGGUAUGUGCGAGCUGCUCCGAGAGCCUUCCCCGGAGUCGUGGACUGCGCUGGUGAAGGUGUGCUUAACCCAGGUCUUCCUCUUCAACUUCCAGCACGAGCACGUCGUGUCCAGCCUCACCGUGUCUGACUUCCUGUCCAGCGAAGCCACCUGCUGGAGCCCAGAUCACUCCCUCACGGAAGUCCAAAAAAUAUUAAGCAGAAACUUUGCAAAAAUAGUUGUCAAGAAGAGUGACGCAAGUCCAGCUUCAGUUCUGCUUACUCCGAAGAUGCUUUGCACACUCAAUUUGAUUGUGGAAAAGCGGGGGGAGUGUGGAGUGGUCAAGGAGAACCAAUACUUGUUUGGCCAACCGUCUGAAUUGUCUCAUUAUCACUGCUCGGAGUGCCUCAUAGACUUUGCCAAGGUUUGUGGGACGAGGAGCCCAACAGUCUUGAUGGACACCGAGCUCCGGUCACACACUGCAAUUCUCUCCACAGUCCUCAAUCUGUGCACUACUGACACGGGGCUCCUUGCUGAGCUGGUGGGCCAUGACCUCGCUACCCCUCCAGGAUACUACUGUCCCCCACUGAAGACAUGCCAGCUUGCCAGAAUCGCAGAGGUUCUGCUCGCGCGUGAAGCUGGAGCCACAGGACAAUUCCAAGGAAAAUGUCUUGAUGCGAUCGAAGUGAACCUCCGAGAGAAGGUCUUCUUGGGACGAAUACGACGCAGGUUGGCGUAUGGUGUCACUGAAUGUGGGAGCGCGGAAGAUGAAGUGAUCCCAAACGAAGCUAAGAAAUGUGAACGUCCAAAAAACAUCCCAGAUCCAAGGCGGCGCAAGUGGAGGCAGGAGGAGGUCCAGGCUGUGGAGAGACACAUGAUGGCUCUCAUCACUUCGGGUCGGGUUCCGGGUUGUCGUGACUGUUACAAGUGUCUGUCGGCCGAACCCACGGCCCUGGGACACAGGGACUGGAAGAGCAUCAAAUACUACGUCUAUAACCGGAUCACGGCUUUAAAGAGGGAUGAGACGACGUCACCGAAGUGACUCUGGAAGCCUUUAUCUGUUCCUAUACAUGGGACCCCAACUGCCGGAAUAUCCAUUCCGUUAUCUUUUGGUUACGUUUGUAUGUUUUGAUCUCUGAGACAAAUGUAACCCUUAAUAUGUAUAUAAAGAAGUUUUUUUACCUGAUAAACCCUGUCUUUUUGAUUAUUAUGUCUGCUUUUCAAAAAUGGAAGAAUAACGGAGUUGAUUGAAAGCUGAAACAAGCAAAAUAAAUGGCGUCAAACU